AUGGCCUGGGACGACGAAGAUUUCGAUAUUCCAACGAACAGCAAAACUGCUACAUCGUGGGAGGAUGAGGAAGACGACGAUCCACUUUUAGAAAGUUGGGAUGUUGACCCAGAAGAAGAAGCAAAAAAGAAGAAAGCAGAGAAGGAAGCACAAGGUAAGGCAAAAGCUGAACAGAAAGCUAAAGAAGAUGAAGCAAAGAGAAAGAAGGAACAAAAGAGAAAAGAAAUGGAGAAAUUUGAUAAUUUAGAUGAGAAGAGCAAGAAAGAGCUUUUAAAGAAAGCUGAAUUGUCUGCCGAUUUAAACAAUGCUGCUGAUCUUUUUGGGGGACUUGGUGUUGCUGCGGAUGACAAUGAAGACGACUUCGAUAUUAAUGAACACCCUAGGGAGAAAGCUAGACGUGCUGAAGCUGAAGCUGCACUGAGGAAGCCAGUGUUGACCAAAGACACGCCAUUGGAAGAUCACCCUUUGUUCCAGCCAACUAAUAAACAGGAAUACGAGAAAUUGAGGAAAACUGUGGGCUCUGCAUUGACCUCAUUAAAUGAUGAUAGCUCGCUUUUGUAUGCAUCAAGCUUGGCAAUUGAUUUGAUUAGAGAUUUAACACAGCCGUUAUCUGUCGAAAACACUAGAAAAGUUAUCAGUACAUUGAAUGUGAUUAUAAAGGAUAAGGAAAAACAGGAGAGAUUAGCUAGAUUAAAGAAAACCGGAGGUACUGCUAGUGGUGGUGCAGGAAAGAAGAAAGCCAAGCCAGCAGCUAGACCUAAUGUUGGUGGGUUCAAGAAGGACGAGUUUGAUGAUAUGGGUGGUGACUUAGACGAUUUGGAUGACGAUGACUUCAUGUAA